AUGCUGCUGGACGUCACGUCCCUGAGGGCUGUCCUCCACUACCAGGAGCUCUGUAAGGACGUGCUCGUGCUAUCGGCGAAGGUGGUCCUCGUCUCCACGUGGUCCGACAGCGCCGUCUGGGGCCACCGCCUAACCGACACCUGCGAAACGAUCCGACGUGCACUGGCGAACGCAUCCGGCACCGCCGCUCACGUGAGGGAGUGGCUCCCUGCAGCUCUGAGCCGGGCCGCUGCGCAUGGGCUGCCCGCACUCAGACGUGCUGACAACGACAACGGCCUCGCGAUGCACGAAUGGCGCCCACUCCAGGAUGCUGAGGGCCGGUGGAUGGGCAAAGCCGUAAUCCAGCUCGCCACCGAAGCCGAAGCGAGGUUGCCGCACUUCGACCUCUCUAGCUGUACCAAGCUCUACUUUCUCUUGUCGUACCUCUACUUCUACAUGCUCUACCAGACGUUCGCGGUGGAGCAUCGCAUAUUCCUCCUGACUCCCACGCUCGUCUACCUCCUAUGCGCGGCCCAUUCCAUGGAGAUUAUACUGGACGCCAAACAACACUACGCCGACCAGAUUUUCGAGAAGCGGGACUUCUUGGGAGUGGUGGAGACGCAUAGCAAUCUAGGCAAAGUAUUCGGUGCCAGAGCUCAUCCCGGUUAUCAAUUAUUCUGGUCACACGGCACCAACCGCCAGGCAGGAGUGGGAUUUCUGAUGGAGGAUGCGUUCCUGCGGCGCUUCAACCCCGUUGCACCGACCGAUUGGGUAGAGGUCGACCCAGGACGGGCGGCUAAGUUAUCGCUGCGCGGCCCGUCCGGCGCCUUAGACAUCUUCAUCGUCUACAUGGCCUCAGGCUCUGACUCGGCAAUGCGAGCUUCGAGACGGGCGACGACGAGUGCGAUUUCUCGCCACAUGGCCGCUCCUGAGCAAGCGCUAAUGAUCAUGAUGGGCGACUGCAAUUUCGUUGUGGACCGCAGGGACCGAUGGGCAAAAAGUAGUGCAAGGUGGACGGGGGAUGCAGACCGGAGCGAGGCGGACGUUUUCAGAACCACUUUGGCACAGCCGUUCCGCCUCCACGAGCUCCAUCAGCCGUUGUUCACCCACGAGUGCGGCCUUGCACGCUCCAGGUUGGAUCGCGCCUACUCUAACCACUCCCCCGCGGACCAGCUGGACAGGCACUUCACUUGCUUCGCCCUCCCUGCCACGCACUUGUCUGCGCACUGGGCUAUUGCAUUCAGCCGCCGCUCAGGCGCGGACACGUCACGGAAGCGGCCGGCUCUGACUUCACGUGCAACGUCACACCCUGACUUCGCCAGACGGGUCGUCAUGGAAUACCGUGAGCUCCUUGCCCACGACACCCUAGACGCUUCUCCGAUACGGCAUUUGGUGCUCGUCAAGCGCGCCAUGCACACCGUGGCGGCGAGCAUGCGCAGGGAAGAGGACGAGGCGCAAAUCGAAGGCACUGAUGAUGAGCUUGGCUGGAUCCUCAGUUUCCUCCGUGCGGCAGAGCAGGUCAAUUUGACCCGCAUGAGGCGCUGCGCAGCGGUUUGUCCGAAAAUCGCUGGAUAUGUGCAGCCGGAGAACCCCGAAGCUCGCAGCUCGCCGGGCUUCUGGCAGCUAAAGGACUUCGCAGUGCAGCUGGCCCGGCGGUCGCUGACGGAAGAGAUUUCGGAACUCCGACGUCAGCAGGGCCAUUCUUCUUUCGACCACUUCGCCCAUUCCAAGUCCAACAUCCUGACGAAGCUUAAGCGCCUACUCCCUGGCUGCUCCACGACGCUGGCGGCGAUGCAGGGCGCUGACGGCCAGGUCACCGAUGGCGCCACCGAAAUGGCGAACGCCCUGAAGACUCAUUGGGAAAGGGUAUUUCAGGCACCCGCCGUGGACUUCGACAUCCUGCGUGAGUGGAUGGCGUCUCUCCGCAACGACCCUGCCAGCGCGCCAACGCAGCCCGUCCGUGACCCGCUGGGGCGACCACGGGCGCCCCGUGGACAGCUGCCCCGGGAGGCAUGGCAACGGCAGGUCCGCAAGAGGGACAUCGAAAAGGCUAUCCCGCAAGCAGGGAACACCUCCCCGAGCCCUGACGGGAUCCCAUUUUGCGCGUGGAAAGCCCUGAAAAGCUUUGGCGUGUCUACACUUCUGAACGUUGCGAGGCCGUUGGAGAGUGAAGACGCCGCCGAGGCCAUGAGACAAGCAUAUGGGGACGAGUGCGACGGCGCCGGCCGCAGCUACAAUUUGGGCACGCUGGUGUGCUUGCCUAAGGCACCGACAGGUGAGGACCCGGAGCUGGGCGCUUUCUACCACGCCUCUGACACUCGCCCCCCGUCUGUCGUCAACGCAGACAACAGAUUGGUCGCAAGCGCCAUGCGCUGGCGUUGGGAGGAGCACCUCGGCGCAUACGUGCAGGACAGCGACGGCGAUUCUGCUGCGGUGUUCCUGGACUUCGCUGCCGCCUUUCCGUCCAUCUCGCAGGAGUACAUCCAAGCUUGCCUGCGGCACAUGGGCGUCCCUGCCGUAGCCGCCUUCCUCAGCCUCUACAACAACAGUCGCUGCGUGGUCUCCGUUAAGGGGCAGAUCUUCGACGGGUUCUGCAUGACCUCGGGCGCGCGCCAGGGCUGUCCUCUUUCUCCUCUCGUGUACGCAGUGGUAGCCGAGAGCUUGCUGGACACCGUGGAGGCGCGCUCAGAAGGGAUUUUCGCACGUGCGUACGCUGACGACACAGCGCUCGUGGUGCGCGAUGUUUGGGCCGAGGCGCCAGUGCUGGUGAGCGUCUUCUGGGACUUCGAGCAGAUCUCGGGUUUGAGACUCAACAAACAGAAGUCCUUUGUGAUCCCGCUCAACGCCGCCACCUACGCCGACCUCUUUGGUUUGCAUUUGACUGCCCAGGUCUACAACACUUUCGCGCUUCCGACCCUGGGUUACAUCAGCCAGCUCGAGACACCGCCAGAGUGGGUUCUUACAGGGGCGCAACGGUCGCUCAGCCGUGUAGCAAAGGGCCCGGGGCCCUGGGCUACUGCGCCCGAUCUAUGGACAUUGCAGGAAGCUUUUGGUCUGGCGACUUCGUUCAAAAACUUAGAGCGGAUGGCGCUCGCAGCCAAGGUCCGCGCGGUCCUCUUCGACGGUGCGCGCGCUCCGCGGCGCCAGUUUCUAGAUGACGUCGUUCUCCACCUUCGGGAGGCCCUCGCUCGCCCAGGCCGCGACCACUCACGGGCUGCUUGGGCCGACUGGUACGGCCGCGCCUUCCUCCUCUGUCUGGCGCAGGCGGAAGACCGCGUCGUUUGGCUUGCAGGGUCACUGGAGUCUCUGCGUCGCAGCCGGGCUACUGGACACCAGCGGGCAGAAGCUGAUGCUACUUGGCGCGUGGACUGCCAGCGCACGGUGUACGCCUUCCUGAUGGCCGACUCCAUUCGCAACCCAUGGAACAGAUUUCGGGUCAAAUUCCGCCGUUGGCAACUUGGCGACGCAGCCCGUCGAUCACGCGUCGAUCUUCGGGAGCACAAGGGAGCGGACGCCAGAAUGGCAAAGCAGACGGGCUGCGCUGCUGCUUAA